AUGUCUCUCAUCAAGACCUUCUCCGUCCGCCUCCAAUCCAACGAAUGGGGCCAAGGAGACCAGUCGAGUGACAGUUCGCCUCAAAGCCCAUUGUUCGCUUUCUCCGCACCAGAAUCUGAUGACGGUACCACUUCUUACAAUUCAGGCACUCCUGAGGGAGACGUCUUUACCGCAGCGAGAGAAUCUCGCAUCAGCUCUCAGGAUGCAACUGUGUCUUCUUCCCUUGAAGCCGUUGCAGGCUGCGGCAACGACGGGGAAUUUGAGCCCUCGUCGCACCUCUUCUCCUCCGCACCCAAUCUCUCUUCUGGACUGCGCUUGAAUGUUGCAGAUUGUGCCGACUGGAUCAAGAUGCAGAACCCAGGCCGGAAGAGGAGUGCAUCUGACGCAUCCCUUACUGAUUCUGGGUCUGAUUCAGAGCGAACCAAGACUUCCGGCAUGAAACCGUCCGCAAAGUGCAUCAUCAGCGACGUUGGCGGUGUUAAAUCAGCCCUGGAGCCUGAUAAGCGGACUCAAAGUGCAAGCGAGGGGAAGGAAGGAGCGCUCCAGCCUUCAAUCCAGUCUUCAGAGCGGAACUCUCCCAGGAAACAUUCCAGAACACUUAGCAUGAUCCCGAAGCCCGUAACUCGGCUGGACAAGGACGUGGCGAGAGGUACAGUCUCUAUUCCAGCGCCAAAUGGGUUGCAAGAUACAUCAAUCGCUGCACAUAGUAAAAAGCCUACUGAAGAGGAAGAUGCUCCCACUCCAACCGAGACAACUAUGACUGAAACAUUCCGCAGAAAGUGGGGAGACUCUGACUUCUUCGUCACGUCAACUCCUGAGACGUCUCCAGGCUCUCUUGAAGCGAAUGAAUCUGUGGCUACAGAAGAUACUAAGGGCCCAAGAUACAACUCUGACACGGACUCCCCUGAGGCGACCCUUGGCAUGCACAAUGUCCUAGGUGGUCUUCGUAUUCAAACAGAGUCCGAGGGUGUGACAAUCACCGUUGACCAACACGUUGAGCCGGAAACGUUGAGCCAUAAUUCCGAUCGAGACAUGACGGCACCUAAAACCCCGGUUUCAGAGCACGAUGAUGCGGACCAAACUCUGGCGCAUGAUCCUAAAGAUCACCUAGCCUGCGAUUGCGAAGACUACCAAUCGUCCAUGAGCGAGCCCAAACUCGACUUUAAAAAUGGAAUCCUCUUCAUUCGAAACCCUGAAAAUGUUAGGCCAGCAAUAUACAAGUUCACCGUGACUGUGUCUGUCCUUCUUGAGAAAGACAAGUCGAAAGGAUGGAGUAAUCUGGUCAUUCCUGGUCUUCCUAGGAUGAGGGCUGGCGAGAGUGGAUUUUUCCUAUUUCAGAUCCCCGAGAAACAUGGCUUAGAGUUCCGCACUACCAACUUGCAGCGGUACAAGAUAGUGGAGAACUGCUUCUUCGCUGAGUUCGUCAACCACGGAGACCUUGUCGUUCCUUUACGGGUCUGCGACCAGAAAUUCUACGGCAUCGUCAAGGACUUCACCGUGGACCAGGAGAUUCGAGCCGACUAUCAAGUCAUUGCCAGCACCGAUCAUGAAGGAAAGGGCAUUCAACCAGCUGUGAUGAUAAAUUACACUGCCAUGUGCUCCUUGAGGCUGCAUAAUCGCUGCUUCUGGGCGGAAAAGUGUUGCUUCUUCCUACGUUUGGAUGGCGGCCCUGAGGGUCGUUUUCAUUGCCGGCUUGAGCCUCAGGAGACGGGCUUGCAGAUGAUUAACUUGGAAAACAAAGGAAUUCCAGUCAGCGUUUCGUACCUCCAGGUCAUUUGCUCUCCCAAAGACUUGGAUAUGUUUGGUGUGACUUGGAAGGUCAAGCUUCCUGGCCAACAAGCUGUAAACUGGCUACCACGGAUCUACCCAGUCUCGUCAACCACUUGUGAGAGUAACAGGAAUGAUCUUCGUCAAAUAUUCACUGAGCUGGAAGCGGAGUACCGCAAGGAAACAGCACACCAACUUGCAAGGGUAGUGGGGUUCGAUCGGGAAGGUGUCCGGGGGCAGCACAACGCAGAUGACUCGGAAGAUCGCGAAGAAGAUCUUGUUCAGUCAGGAAAGGAUUUCUUCGACGAGCCAUUUCCGCCUGAGGCAAAGUCCCAGACGUUGAGGACGUCGUUCGCGAACGUAGUGGCAGACUCCAUGGCAUAUUGCAUGCAAAGCUUAGUCAUAAGCCUUUGUAUCUCGAUGGUCUGGGUGAUCCUCACAUCUUAUCUUGAGAUCCCUCCUUGCCCCAGCGUGUCGAAUUGUGUUCUGAGAGAAUCAGACACGAACUUGACUGUUGCAAACAGCGAGCUACUCGGACUAGCUUUUCCAAGCGAUGAAGACCGGGAUUCUCGGCCUGAGCUAUUGGAUAAUGAGCUUGCGCCAGAGCGAGCCAUUGCGAGCGACACGCCUGAAAUCAUUCAACGGACUUAUGUGGCAGACGUCGGUUUAAAUGGUCAGGAAUCUGGACAAGCGGCUCACGAUGAGACAGAGGACAUUCGCGAGAAUGUUGUGGAAGACAAGGACACGCCAACAGCGAGUGUCAAGUCUGGUAGCAGCCGUGAUGAAGAUCAAGGUCAUUUCUCCCUCAGGGAUAGAAUCGAUUACUGGCUUGGAUGGAUGGGACCCGUUGGCGACGAGCUCUAG